GGUAGGCGGCCAGCUGUUUCCCGGCAGGGCAGCGCGUCGGAGGAGCAGAGGGGCCGGGAAGCACGGAGGGAGCGGCAGCACAACUCGGGAUCUCCGUCUGGGCGCCGAAGAAGCGAGCGGGGCCGCCAGCAACGCACCAUGGAGGUGGAAAUGGCGCAGGAUCUGAUAGACAUUCUCUGGAGGCAAGAUAUAGAUCUUGGAGUAAGGCGUGAAGUUUUUGAUUUCAGCCAGAGACAAAAGGAAUAUGAGCUUGAGAAGCAGAAGAAACUUGAAAGCGAGAGACAAGAACAGCUCCAGAAGGAACAAGAAAAAGCUUUUCUAGCACAACUGAAGUUGGAUGAGGAAACUGGUGAAUUUGUUCCCAUCCAGCCUGCUCAAGCCAUUGAACCAGGAAACACAGAUAUAUCCAGUAACUAUCCACAGAAUACCCAUAUUUCCAGACAAGAUGCAGAAGAUUUGUCCUUCGACGACUGUAUGCAGCUUUUGGCAGAAACAUUCUCAUUUGUAGACGACAAUGAGAUUUCCUUGGCUGAAUUUCAACAAGUGGUACCAUCCAAGAUGGAGAGCAACCAAGACUUUGUUGACGCUAAUCAGAUGCAGUCACACGAAUCCUCUGGCCUUCAGUCUUCCAUUCCAGAGACAGCUGGUACUGAGGCCUUGCAAGACAUAGAACAAGUUUGGGAAGAACUGUUGUCUAUUCCAGAGCUGCAGUGUCUUAACAUUCAAAAUGACAGCUUGGAUGAAGUAACCUCAAGCAAGUGUUCAGAAAAUACAGCAUUGGAGACAGAUAUUAACUUCGCCUUCUACAAUGCGCUACCUGCCAUGGAGAAAGAAGUUGCUGACUGCAGCCUAGAAUUCCUGAACCAUUUGGAGGCUCCCUAUUCCAGCAGUGCACUGCCCGACAAUCUCAAGCAAAAUACCACUUCAUCCACAAGCACUGACUUUUGUGAGGAUUUCUACUCUCUCAUCGAUGACAAGACGAACAGCAACGUAUCUCUAACACCGCCACCGCCACCUUUUGUGGAUCAAGCACUUGCUGGCUUUUUAAAUGAGCCUAUCGAUCUUUCUGAUUUUGCUCUGUGCAAAGCUUUUAACUGUGACCUAGCAGGAAAUACAUUGGAAUGUAAUGAUUCGGACUCGGGCAUUUCACUAAACGCAAGUCCCAGCACAACUUCUUCACCUCAUUCUGUUGAGUCAUCUGGUAUCUACAGAGAGACAGGCUUUGGCUACAGCGAUUCCGAAAUGGAAGAGAUGGAUAGUGCCCCUGGGAGUGUUCAAGGAAGUGAUGCUAAAAUGCACUUGUUUCACAUGCAUGCUCCAGCCUCUCCAUCUCUUGAACAAAAUACACAAAAGCCAGACUCACAGCUUACAGACACACCCAAAAAAGAAUUACCUGAAAACCCAGGUCACCCCAAGUCUCCGUUUAUGAAAGACAAACCAUACAGCCUGCACGAUGCUCAUUUCACAAGAGAUGAGCUCAGAGCAAAGGCUCUGCGCAUCCCUUUUUCCGUUGAAAAAAUUAUCAACCUUCCUGUCGAUGACUUCAACGAAAUGGUGGCCAAGGAACAGUUCAAUGAGGCCCAGCUGACUCUGAUUCGGGACAUCCGCAGGCGCGGCAAGAACAAAGUGGCUGCACAAAACUGCCGGAAAAGGAAAUUGGAAAACAUAACAGAGCUGGAGCAUGAUUUAGGUUACCUUAAGGACGAGAGAGAAAAGCUCCUUAAAGAGAAAGGAGAGAAUGACCAAAGCCUGCGCCUGCUGAAGAAACAGCUGAGCACCCUGUAUCUCGAAGUCUUCAGCAUGCUCCGGGAUGAAGAUGGCAAGCCCUAUUCACCAAGUGAUUACUCACUGCAGCAAACCAGAGAUGGCAGCAUAUUUCUUGUCCCUAAGAGCAAGAAGCCAGAGACUAAAUGACAAGGAUCAGGGAUACUUCUAUUCGCUCUACUGCCCUUGUAGUUAACACUUUCCAACAAUGCAAAAGGUGUCCUAUUUUCAAGUGACUUUACACUCUUAAGUGUGUGUGUGUGUCAUCAAUUUGCAACUGACAUAUGGCAGCCUCAUCAAGGGGUUUUCAUGGCAAGUGAGCAGCAGAGGUGGUUUGCUGUUGCCUUUCCUUGCAGAGCAACCCAAAUCUUCCUUGGUGGUCCCCCAUCGAAGUACCAACCUUACUUAGUUUCCAAGAUCUGACUAUACCAUCUUGUUCCCCCCCACCACACACUUAAAAAUCAUUAGGUUAAAACAAAUGUAUGCACAAUGGGUACAACUUUUAUAAAGCGCUAGUUCCUUUUGAUAUAGCAGCUGAUUUGACUAAUUUCUGUUCUUGUGUAAAUAUUUCAAGAUUUCUUAUUUAUGUACUUUUCCUUUUGUUUUACUGAACUGUGUAUUAAGCAUGACAUAAGACCGAUAAUCUUGUUUAGCUAAAGACCAAUCUUGUUUUAGUCGCACCAUUUUAUAACUAUAAAUGGAAUGUUUGCUGUUUCUUAUAGAUUUUUACUUGCUUUGCUUUAUUAUAAAUGCUUGAAUGUAAUGCAAGUGCACAUUAUAAAGGAACAUGGUAAGGGUGCCAAACAGCCAGUUUAGGUCUCCUCAGUUUCAAUGGGAGAGUUCAGCACCGUUGAAGCCAAUGAGCCUUCGAAGUGCUUAAUUUUAGCUGGAUUGCACUCUCAGUUUUUAAAGUAUAAACAUAGCUUUGCACAUGAAUAUCUACUGUAAGGGAUACUACUCUUUGGACUGCACUUCUUUCUUUGAGAAUGUGAUGUAUCCCAUUGAUUAUAAUCAGGGCUGUACAAUUCUGCUAAAGUCCCCCCAAAAGAACAGAAUGUGUAAUUGGGUGCAAGAUAGGACUUCCUGAGAAUCUCCACUUAUAGGAUAUGCUUGAAACUGUGUGGGAUCUAUGGAAAUCUAAAAAGCCAGAGGGGGUGGCUGAAUAAAUGUCAAGGAUUUGAGGCUCUAUACAUGAUUAAAGUUUUUAAAGAAAUGGGACAUUCCGCAAAUAGCUCAAUUGCGUAUUGAGCAUGCUCCUUUUCUUGAAGAAUUUUUUAAAAUCGUUGAAUACACUUUUUAAAAACUAGAAUAAUUCUAUUCACUUCUAUGUUCUAUUAUGCAGUAUACAGCUUCUAGUUUUUAGACUAUAAACGUGAUCUGCACAUAAAACCUGGCCUGUAUAUCGAAAUAGUCUGUAUAAACUAACAAAAAGGAAAUAAACAGGGACAUCUAAACCAAUUGUUUAAGUAUGGAGUUUUCAGCAUUCAUUCACUUUCAGAAUUUAACCACCUCAAAAACAUACAGAACUAAGUCCCACUGAUUUCAGUGGAACAGAUUCCCAUACAACUGUGAAGGAUAUUGAAACUUAAUUUUAUGAUUCAUCUGUUAAAGAGGUUCUGCCAGAUACGUUAACUUUUGUUCAUAAAGUACUUUGGCUACAGAUAUUAAACAGGCUGCAUUCAUCUUUCA